AUGACCAGGAAGACGAUCAUGAAGAAGAAGAUGAUAAUGAAGACAAGACUGCUCCUGAGCAUCUCAAAAGUGUUCCCAAGGAGAUGAAGCAGCUUCAACAUUUUAGUCAUCCGGAGCAUCCGUUGGUCUUCAAUGAAGACAAAAUUUACGGCAAAAAGUGUUAUGGGUGCAGGGAACCAAUAUUGGGUCCUAGCUACAGUUGUAAAGAAUGCGGAGGGAGGUGGGUUCAUCAUAAAUCAUGUGCGGAACUACCCCUUGGGUUGCUGCACCAUCCCUUUCACCCAUUACAUCCUCUUCUUCUCUUUGACGAAGCUAAUUCUGAAGUCAACAAAGAGUUUAGCAAUUGCCAAGUUUGCAAAGAAAAUCGUUGGGAAUAUUGUUAUGGUUGUUUCCGUUGCAAUUUUAAGCUUCACAUUAGAUGUGGUUCUUUACCACCCAUCAUGGAAGCUGAAGUCGAUGAACACCCAUUGACAGCCAUUUGGAAGAGGAUGACGUUCACUUGCGACCUUUGUGCCAAAGAAGACAAAGGUAUGCCCUAUGUGUGUAAUCCAUGUGGUUUCUUGAUUCAUAGAAGAUGUGCUAAUUUCCCAGGCAGACUGAAAGUCGUACGGCACAAUCACCCCCUCAACCUCAUCCAUUCUCUUGAACUCCAUCAAUCCAACUCCCAAUUAUGUCAACUCUGUUUUCUAAAACUGGACACAAACUAUGCCCUUUACUAUUGCUCCACAUGCCAUUUCGCUGCCCACCUCGAUUGUGCUAUGAGCCGGGGAAACAUGGAGGACAUAAAUUUGCUGGAACUUAAAGAGGAGGAGUCCGCCGAGUCAAAAGCUAUGCUGGAAAAUGUAGAUUCAAAGCUCGAUCAAUCCGUUGACUCAGAAAUUUGCAAAGUCAUAAAAACCACUGUGGGGGAGGACGGAACUGAAAUUGCCACAGAAAUCAAACACUUCAGCCAUGAGCAUCACUUAAAGCUUACUGAUGAUGAGGUUCCAAAUAACAAAAUUUGCGACGGGUGCGUACGAGCUAUUCUCACUCCAUCUUUUUACAGUUGUGUCAAUUUCAAUUGUAGCUUCUUUCUUCAUAAAUCUUGUAUUAAAUUACCCAAAAUAAAACAACACCCACUUCAUCGACACCCGCUCACCCUCACUUAUCAGCGAUGGUAUUUUGAGUGUUCUGUCUGUGAACAAUGGUGCAAUGGCUUUAGUUACGAUUGUCAGGGAUGCUACUUUGAACUCGAUGCUCAAUGUAGUUUGAUCUCAAAUAUCCUUACUCAUGCCUGUCAUGAGCAUCCUCUUUACCUCUCUAUCACAAAUUACGAACAGAAGUGUAGUAUUUGUGAUUCUAAAGAAUACCAAGUAUUCCGUUGUACCACUUGUGAAUUUGUUCUAAACUUCAAUUGUGCUACACUACCACAAACUGCAUGGUACUACCAACAUGAGCAUCCCUUCACUCUAUGUUAUGCUCCCGAAGAUGACUCUGGUGAAUAUUAUUGUGACAUCUGUGAAGAAGAACGAGAUCUCAAGCAAUGGUUCUACUACUGUGAAGAUUGCAGUUAUCCUGCUCAUUUAGAAUGUAUUGUUGGGGAAGACCCAAAUUACAAGAAACACAAAUAAUGGCCACCUGUUUGGAGAUCUACAUAUUAAUUUGGCUGUAAAGAUGAUCUCAAUGACACAAAUGAUCUAUCAAUCUCUCCAGUAUAUUUCAACAUUCAUGAUAAUUGCUUACAGAAAAGACAAAUAUUGUUUCAGUUUUUAUUUAUAUAUUUUCCAUUUGGGUUGAACCUUA